AUGUCUAGACGACAAAAUGCUUACCCGCCAGCCAGUUAUGGCAAUCAACCUCAAGAUAUUCCACUGCAAUAUCGUCAAGGCUAUUCUUCAAACAAUAGUAACUCACAACUCGACAAUAAUUACAACAACAAUAAUCUUCAAGCACCAGCGAACGCAUAUCAAUCUGUAGGACGUUUGCAAAAUAAUCAUCAAUAUGAUGCACAUCAACAACAACGUUCACCAAUUCCUCAUCAAAAUCAAGCACGAAAUCCUACUUAUAACAACACUAAUUACCCUCAUCAAACUCAUGACAAUAAUUAUCCGCCUCAAUCGCAACCACGUUCAAAUCAAAAUUUUCCAAAUAAUCCGAAUAAUCAAAAUUAUCCACCAAAUAAUAGUAUUGGGACACAUAAUAAUGCUCCUGGUUCAUCAGACUAUCAAUCGCCACCAAAUGCUCCAUAUCGUCAAAAUUCUGCGAAUAGUAGUUCAAGUAAUAUUAGAGCCCCUGCUUAUCUAAAUGCUGCUCAACCAUCUUCUUCCUCCUCAUCGACUACACACCGGGAUCGAAGUAUGCCAAAACGGAUCUCAAUAACACAAUCAGUAGGAACAGAAGAAAAAUGUAAUAUUUCUCCUACUUCUAGUCAUCAUCUUUGGGGAGAUAUUACAUCACGUGAAGAUGACGACGAUUUACAUAAUCCCGAAGAGGUGAUUGCUGGAAAAGAUCGUCGAUGUGUAUGGUGUUCAAAACGUGGAUGUUUAAAUGUUGGUGCAUUGGCUUUAAUUUUAUUCGGAAUUUUGGGAUUAUUUGCUGCAUAUCCUGUUUUCGUUGCCAUUAAAAAUGCCCAUGCAUCAUCAAGUACAACUCCGACUCCUACACCUGGUGGCGGAAAAUUAAAAGCAAAGGCUGCGAUUCCCUUAAAUUUCAUUGAUCCUGACACUCCAAGUUGGGCAAAAUCAAAAAGAUCAAGUGAUGGAAAAGAUUAUAAGCUUGUAUUUUCGGAUGAAUUUAAUAAAGAUGGAAGAACAUUUCGACCGGGUGAUGAUCCUUUUUGGGAGGCGGUAGAUCUUCAUUAUUGGGCUACUAAUGAUUUAGAAUGGUAUUCACCUGAUACUAUUACCACAAAAAAUGGCUCACUACAAAUUACCAUAACAAAAGAAAAGACACAUAACCUUGAUUAUAAAUCGGGAAUGUUACAAAGUUGGAAUAAAUUUUGUUUUCAAGUUGCAGUAUCACUUCCUGGAGAUGGUAAGGUACCUGGAUUAUGGCCUGGUGUAUGGACACUAGGAAAUUUAGCUCGUGCUGGAUAUGGUGCGACUACUGAAGGUGUAUGGCCAUAUUCCUAUGAUUCAUGCGAUGCUGGUAUACUAAAAAAUCAAACAGACACUUCCGGCACCUUCUCAUACCUAUCCGGUCAACGUCUAAAUAAAUGCACAUGUCCCGGAGAAGAUCAUCCUUCACCUGGACUUGGUCGCGGUGCUCCAGAAAUCGACGUGUUGGAAGCAUUUGUAGAUUCAAAUAAUCGUGUACAAAUAUCACAAUCUGCACAAUUUGCACCAUUUGAUGCCAAGCAGCAAGUAGAUAAAAGACAUGUUUCUGUAUACAGUACUAGCAGAACCGUUUUGAACUCUUAUGUGGGUGGGAUUUGGCAACAGGCUGUGAGUUCGGUGACUAUGAUGGAAAAAGAAGUAUUUAAUGGUAAAGGAUUCGAAAAAUAUGCAUUCGAAUAUGAGCCGGGAGUAAGUGGUUAUGUUGAUUGGUCGAUUGACGAUAAAUCUACCUGGAGAUUAAAUGGACCAGCUGUUGGGCCUAAUCCUCAUUCUCGUAUUAGUUCGCGACCAAUUAGCGAAGAACCAAUGUCUAUUAUCUUUAAUCUUGGCAUGGCAAAAGAAUUUAGUGCUAUUGAUUUUGAGAAUUUAAAAUUCCCAGCCACUAUGCAUAUUGAUUAUGUUCGAAUAUAUCAAGAUCCAACCAAAAUCAAAACGUCAUGUAGUCCACCGGAUCAUCCUACCGCUGAAUAUAUAACCAAUCACCUCAACGCAUACACAAAUCCAAAGCUUACCACGUGGAAACAAGCUGGAUACACUUUUCCUACACAUAAAUUGGAAGGCAAAUGCUAG